AUGGCACUUAGUAAACAAACAAUUGAAAGAAUCCACAGAGUCAAGGUACUGAUCAUAAAGGGUAUAAAGAAGUUCUUGACGUUUCUCUUGUCCCAUGUAGGUCUAACGGUUGCUGUAGCUGGUUACGGAAUUGUCGGAGGUAUGAUCUUCCAACAUAUCGAAGCGCCUCAUGAAAUAUUACUUAGACAAAGAGCAGUAGUUGCAAGAGAACGUCUCAAUCAAAAGUUGUUGAAGUUAUCAGAAGAUGUCAACAUUACCACUAAUGAAACAUUAUGGAUGGUUGAAGCAGAAGAACUUCUGGUUAAAUUUCAAGACGAAAUGUUCAGCCUUACCAAUAAUGAAGGAUGGGAUGGAAAAGAAGUUGAAGAUGAACUGCAGUGGUCUUUCCCAGGAGCACUUUUAUAUGCUGUUACGGUUAUUACAACUAUCGGCUAUGGGCACAUUGCGCCGAAGACGGGUUGGGGUAGAAUCGUCACUAUCCUGUAUGCUUUAUUUGGCAUACCAUUGACAUUACUAUGUCUCCGCAACAUUGGAACCCUGCUGAGCUCAAUCGUAAGGUUAUUUUAUAAAUAUACGUGUUCAUCAAAAUCCUCAUCUAACGAAGACCAGAAAGAAGCAAAUGAACCAGCUGUUGAAGAACAAGUUCGAGUACCAGUGACUUUGACCUUCCUUAUUUUAAUUGGUUAUAUAAUAGGUGGGGCUAUCAUGUUUGGACUUUGGGAAAAAGAAUGGGAUAUUCUGAUAGGAUCAUAUUUCUGUUUCAUUACCCUCAGUACUAUCGGAUUUGGUGACUUCGUUCCGGGAACAGACGCCGAUUCGUGGGCGAAUCAUGAAAAGAAUAUUAUUUGUUCUGCAUAUUUGCUAUUUGGCAUGGCAAUCAUGGCCAUGUGCUUUCAUUUGAUGCAAGAAGAAGUCCGGUUGAAAUGUCGACGACUUGCACAUAGAAUUGGACUGUUCAAAGAAGAACUUGUGAAAGAUAUAUCAUAA